AUGGCGGAUGUCAAUGGGACGUUUGCCUCGCCCCUGGCAGAUGCCGGGCUGGCUUCCUCAGCUCGGAAUCCCGUUGCUUUGCUCAUAUCCAUCUACAACGGCAUGUCCACAUGGUCGAUCAUAUUCACCCUCUUCCUGAUGCUCGUGGCUUAUGAUCAAGUAAAAUAUAUCUGGCUCAAAGGACCAAUUGUUGGUCCCAUGUUCAAAAUCCCUUUCAUGGGCCCAUUCCUCGACUCUGUGAACCCUAAAUUCCUCGUGUACAAGGCAAAAUGGGAAAGCGGUGACCUGAGUUGCGUCUCGGUUUUCCACAAAUUUGUUGUCAUCGCUUCGUCCCGUGAUACGGCCCGCAAGGUCUUCAAUUCUCCAGCAUAUGUCAAGCCCUGCGUCGUUGAUGUGGCUCAUAAGCUUUUGGGCAAGGACAACUGGGUCUUUUUGGACGGCAAGGACCACGUUGCAUAUCGAAAGGGUUUGAACGGCCUUUUUGCUCGGCCUGCCCUGACCAGCUACAUGCCUCAGCUGAAUGACGUGUAUAACAGGUAUUACAAGUUCUUUGUGGAAAGAUCCGCCCAGAACAAUUUCAAGGCUGAGCCGUGGAUGCCGCACUUGCGCGAAUUGAUGACUGCUCUGUCUUGUCGCACUUUUGUUGGACACUACAUGUCCGACGAGGCCGUCAAGCUCAUCGCGGAUGACUACUACCUGAUCACUGCGGCUCUCGAACUGGUCAACUUUCCCAUUAUUAUCCCAUUCACCAAGACAUGGUAUGGAAAGAAGUCCGCAGAUAUGGUCCUGAACGAGUUCAAAAAGUGCGCUGCCAAAAGUAAAGUUCGCAUGGCUGCCGGUGGAGAGAUCACCUGCAUCAUGGACGCAUGGGUUAAAACCAUGCUGGAUUCCGCCGCAUACCGCGCCAAGAUCGCCCAAGGCAUCAAAGUCGACCCAUCAGAAAAGCCAAGUCAUAUCCUCCGCGACUUCAGCGAUUACGAAAUUGCCCAGACCCUCUUCACCUUCCUCUUCGCCUCCCAAGACGCCACCAGCAGCGCCUCAACCUGGCUCUUCCAACUGACCGCCGAUAGACCUGAGGUUCUUGACAAGAUUCGUGAGGAAACCCUGAGCGUCUGUGGCGGCGAUCGCAACAUGCCCCAUCAGCAUGAAUAUGCUAGAUCAAAUGACCUACACCCGCGCCGUCUAAUCUUGGUGCCGUAUUUGGUCAAGAAGGAUUUCCCCGUCUCACCCACCUACACGCUGCCUAAGGGUUCCAUGAUUGUCCCCUCUAUCUGGCCCGCCACGCACGACCCGGAGGCAUAUCCGGAUCCCGACACGUUUAACCCGGACCGAUGGAUCACGGGCGAUGCAGACAAAGCAGCCAAGAACUUCCUUGUCUUUGGCACGGGCCCGCAUUACUGUCUUGGCCAGACGUAUGCGCAGCUGAAUCUAAUGAUGAUGAUCGGGAAGGCGAGUAUGCUGCUGGAUUGGGAGCAUCAUACCACGCCUGUAUCGGAGGAUGUUAAAGUGUUUGCGACUAUUUUCCCGAUGGAUGAUUGCCACCUCGUUUUCCGCCCACGAUCUGAAUGA